AUGUUGAAAUGUGGCGAGAAGUACCAAGUCCACGUUACAGCCAUCUCUGAUGACUGUGAGAGCACCUCCAACACCUCCGCCGUGUUCGAGACAGUGCCAUGUGGUCCUGAGGAUGUGAGGGCCAGUGUUACGUGCGUUACCGGAGAGCUGACGGUCACCUGGAACAUCUCCAUUCCUUCAGAGAACUACACCACCAUCAUCUCCAAUGGGAUGGGCCAGCCUCUGCACUGUAACUCUACAGAGACCCAGUGCACCAGGGGAGGGUUGUUAUGUGGAAGCUCCUACGUGGUGACGGUCUUCUCUGUCACCGGGACGUGCUUUAGUCUGCCGAGCCCUGAGGUCACAGUGCAAGCAUCUCCAUGUCUACCAGAAGAUGUCCUAGCAGAGUUAGAUUGUAACACCAACGUGAUGAAUGUGAGCUGGACUCUGGGAUCAGAUGACUACACCGCCUGGGCCAUCAGCACAGACGGACACAGAGCCUCCUGCAACUCAACAUCCGACUACUGCUUCAUCCACGAUCUAAAGUGUGGCAAAAUCUACGAGGUGGCUGUCACCUCCUCCUCCAUCCACUGCCAACGCAUAGCUGGAUCUGACUACAAGAUUCAGUCUGGUGUAAACUUCACCUGCGACUCCAGUGUGAGCAACUGCUCCUUCCUGGACCUGAGCUGUGGUCAGCGCUACACUUUCAGUGUGAUGGGACACACCAACGUGUGCAUGAGCGAGAUGAGCACUCCUGUAGAGAUCAUCACCGAGCCCUGUGUUCCAAUGAAUGUGUCUGUUUACUACAACGUGAGCACUGCCCAGGUGAUGUGGAGCGCAGCAAGCGGAGCCACAUCGUACUCUGUUGAGGCUGUGACGGACCAGGGACUGACGGUCACCUGUAACAACACCAACACCAGCUGUUACCUGAAUGGUUUACAGUGUGGUCACAUCUACAACGUCACUGUGAGGGCACGUAACCAGGCCUGUGACAGCGUGACGUCUGAAACCUCCCGCCUCAUGACAGAGCCCUGUGUUCCUAUGAAUCUCUCUGUUCACUACAACGUGAGCACUGCCCAGGUGAUGUGGAGCGCAGCACGAGGCGGCAGUUCGUACUCUGUAGAGGCUGUAACAGACCAGGGCCUGACGGUCACCUGUAACUCCACCAACACCAGCUGUUACCUGAAUGGUCUGCAGUGUGGUCAGAUCUACAACGUCACUGUGAAGGCACAAAACCAGGCCUGCAACAACACCGUGGUCUCUGCACCCUCCCGCCUCAUGACAGAGCCUUGCCAGCCUGUGAUAGUUUCAGCUCAGGCGCUCUGUCAGAAUGAGGAGGUCCAGAUCUCCUGGAGCAAAACAAACGGCGUAUUGAUCUACUUAGUUACAGCCUCAGGGAGCCUCGGAUAUGUGGAGAUCCACAACACAACCCAAACCCUUCUGACAGCCACUUUACCGUGUGGACAGCAUUACAGCGUCACUGUACAAGGACGGGGCAGCGAGUGUGACAGCAUCCCCAGCAGUCCCGCCUUCUUCAGAACCACCCCUUGCAUCCCCUGGGAUGUGUCGACCUACGUGGAGUGUGAGUUUAAUGUGGGCUCAGUCAGCUGGGGGCCCAGCGAUGGUGCUGAAGAGUACGUUGCCAUGGCGACGGGCCUCGACGGCCACACCCACCAGUGUCUCACCAACACCACCUCCUGCACCUGGAGCGACCUGCACUGUGGGGACGAGUACACUGUUGUGGUGAAAGCCAAGGGAGACAACUGCACCAGCCGGCCCAGCAACAGCUCAGUCAUACAUAUGGGUACGUGA